CGUGGCCGCCGAGAGCUGCGGUGGCGGCCAGGCUGGGUCCGAGCAUCCCGCGGCUCCGGACCCGCCCGGCCCGGACAUGGCGACCGUCCGGGCCUCCCUGAGUGGCGCGCUGCUGCUUCUCCUGGCCGUGGCAAGGGUCGCCGAGGUGGCGGGGGCCCUGGCCCCGGGCAGCGUGGGUGCAUUGUGUUGUAAUCAUUCAAAAGAUAACCAGAUGUGCCGUGAUGUAUGUGAACAGAUAUUCUCUUCAAAAAGUGAAUCCCGACUAAAACAUCUGCUCCAGCGAGCUCCAGAUUAUUGCCCGGAAACAAUGGUUGAAAUUUGGGGUUGUAUGAAUUCGUCUUUACCAGGUGUAUUUAAGAAGUCUGAUGGCUGGGUUGGCUUAGGCUGCUGUGAACUGGCUAUUACCUUGGAAUGUCGACAGGCUUGCAAGCAGGCAUCUUCAAAAAAUGAUAUUUCCAAGGUUUGCAGAAAAGAAUAUGAGAAUGCUCUUUUCAGUUGCAUUAGCAGAAAUGAAAUGGGCUCAGUCUGUUGCAGCUAUGCGGGUCAUCACACAAACUGUCGUGAAUACUGUCAAGCCAUUUUCCGAACAGACUCUUCUCCUGGUCCAUCUCAGAUCAAAGCAGUGGAAAAUUAUUGUGCUUCUAUUAGUCCACAGUUAAUACACUGUGUGAACAAUUAUACCCAGUCUUAUCCAAUGAGGAAUCCAACAGAUAGUUUAUAUUGCUGUGACAGAGCUGAAGACCAUGCUUGUCAAAAUGCCUGCAAGAGAAUUCUGAUGUCUAAGAAAACAGAAAUGGAGAUUGUCGAUGGCCUCAUUGAGGGUUGUAAGAACCAGCCCUUGCCUCAAGAUCCUCUUUGGCAGUGUUUUCUUGAAAGCUCACAAUCUGUUCACCCUGGAGUCACUGUACACCCCCCUCCCUCUACGGGCCUUGACGGGGCUAAAUUGCAUUGUUGUUCUAAAGCAAACACGUCAACCUGUAGGGAACUGUGUACUAAGCUUUAUAGCACAAGCUGGGGCAAUACACAGAGUUGGCAAGAAUUUGAUCGCUUUUGUGAAUAUAAUCCAGUGGAAGUGUCCAUGUUGACCUGUUUAGCAGAUGUUCGAGAACCUUGCCAGUUGGGCUGUAGAAACCUUACUUACUGCACUAAUUUCAACAACAGACCAACAGAACUUUUCAGGAGUUGUAAUACUCAGUCAGAUCAAGGCGCCAUGAAUGACAUGAAGCUGUGGGAGAAAGGAAGCAUAAAGAUGCCAUUUAUCAGCAUACCUGUUCUGGACAUUAACAAAUGCCAACCGGAAAUGUGGAAAGCAGUCGCUUGUUCCCUCCAGAUUAAACCUUGUCACAGUAAAUCCCGGGGAAGUAUUAUUUGCAAAUCAGAUUGUGUGGAGAUUCUCAAGAAAUGUGGGGACCAGAAUAAAUUCCCUGAAGACCAUACAGCUGAAAGUAUCUGUGAGCUUCUGUCACCUACAGAUGACCUAGAGAAUUGUAUACCUUUGGAUACAUACCUUAGGCCAAGUACUUUAGGUAACAUUGUAGAAGAAGUGACUCAUCCCUGUAACCCAAACCCAUGUCCUGCGAGUGAACUCUGUGAGGUAAACCGGAAAGGUUGUCCAUCUGAGGACCCCUGCCUUCCAUACUCUUGUGUUCAAGGUUGCAAAUUAGGAGAAGCUUCUGACUUCAUCGUUCGUCAAGGAACACUGAUCCAGGUGCCGUCAUCCGCAGGGGAAGUUGGUUGUUACAAAAUUUGCUCAUGCGGACAAAGUGGGCUUUUAGAAAACUGUUCAGAGAUGCACUGCAUAGACCUCCAGAAGUCGUGUAUUGUUGGAGGGAAAAGGAAAAGCCAUGGAACUUCCUUUAACAUCGACUGCAAUGUCUGCUCUUGCUUUGCUGGCAAUUUGGUGUGUUCCACCCGCCUGUGCCUCAGUGAGCACAGCUCAGAAGAUGACCGCCGCUCUUUUACAGGGCUGCCCUGUAACUGUGCAGAUCAGUUUGUCCCGGUGUGUGGGCAGAAUGGACGCACUUACCCUAGUGCCUGCAUUGCACGCUGUGUGGGUCUCCAAGACCACCAGUUCGAAUUUGGGUCAUGUAUUGCAAAGGAUCCAUGUAAUCCUAACCCAUGCCCAAAAAACCAAAGGUGCAUACCCAGGCCACAAGUCUGCCUCACGACUUUUGAUAAAUUUGGAUGUAGUCAAUAUGAGUGUUUGCCAAGACAGCUCACCUGUGACCAGGCUCGAGAUCCUGUUUGUGACACAAGCCACAUGGAGCACAGCAAUCUGUGCACUUUGUACCAGAGAGGGAAAAGCCUCUUAUACCAAGGCCCAUGCCAGCCCUUCUGCAGAGCCACGGAACCCGUCUGUGGGCACAACGGAGAGACCUACAGCAGCAUGUGCGCUGCCUACUCAGACCGGGUGGCGAUUGACUACCACGGGCCCUGCCAGGCCGUGGGCGUCCUCUCAGACCACAGUUCUGCUGCAGAGUGUGCGGCGGUCAAGUGUCCUUCACUCUCAGCAGCUGAGUGCAAACCCAUCAUCCCGCCUGGUGCUUGUUGUCCUUUGUGUGCUGGGAUGUUGAGAGUUUUAUUUGACAGAGAAAAACUGGAUACUAUUGCUAAGGUCACAAACAAGAAGCCAAUAACAAUUCUGGAAAUACUUCAGAAGAUCCGCACGCACGUGUCUGUCCCACAGUGUGACGUGUUCGGCUACUUGAGCAUUGAAUCGGAAAUCGUGGUCCUGAUCAUCCCUGUCGAUCAUUAUCCCAAAGCUUUGCAGGUUGAAGCCUGCAACAAAGAGGCUGAGAAGAUCGAGUCCCUCAUCAACUCUGACAGCCCUACCCUGACAUCCCACAUCCCUCUCUCUGCCCUCAUCAUUUCCCAGGUACAGGUGUCCAGCAGUGUGCCAUCAGCCAGCGUCAGGGCCAGACCUCCCGGCCUUUCCCUCCUCUUCCUCCUCGGCCUGGGCCUUGCCUUGUUCUUGCCAUGCACACAAAAGUGACCGCCGUUGCAAAGCUCAGAAGGUUCCUCAGUCUAAUUUUUCUACCUUGUGAAGGACAUACAAGACUGCUGGUUUGCAGUUGAACCCUGACCAAGUGAAAGAGCUUGGCUGCUCUACUUACCACACAGUAUUUUUUUUUAAUCCACCAGUAUUAGUAGGAUUUUUGUUUCAUUAUUACAAAUGUUAUAAUCUGUUUUCUGCAAAUACUGUUAGUGAAAGGCAGGCAUCUCCACCCAGUGAGUCCGUCGUCUUAUGAUUCACAUGUUGCUCAUUAGAUACCCCCCCCCACUUCAAAUCCUGUAUCGCUGACAAAUGACAGUCACUUCUUAGCGAUAUUACUCACUUUUCUACAGACUUCAUGUCAGAGUCCCUUCCAGUGUUAAGGUUCCCCAGUGUAACUGUGUCUUUCUAAGAGCUAGGGGGUUGCAGUGAAGAGCCACUCUGUUAAGGUAUGAAAGAGAGGUAAAGUGUGUUCAGAAGUAUUGUGUGAAUCAUCAGGCAAAUUUAAAUUAAUUUAUACAAAUUUAAUUAGGAAUGCUUCUAUUGUGUUAAGCAAAAGCAUACUGACUCUCCGACAUUCACAUAAUCAUAUAUCGUGACUGUCUCCUGGGUUACUGGUGUGGGCCUGUGACCCUUGUGAAUGGGAGAAAUUAUAUCCCGUCAAAGCAUCUUGCAUUAUACAUUUCUAUAUUAACCAGAUGAGACUUCUCAGUAUUCGUCUGAGUUAGAGUUUUUAAAACAUCAGUCUUUUAACCAAUUGCUGCUACUUAUAUAAUUGCCAAAAAAAAAAAAUGAGAUGAGUAGUUCAUGUAAAUAAUACAUGAUCAUUCUACUUUAUUCUGAGGUGAAUAGCCAUAUUUGUAAAGUGACAAUCGUGUGUGUUGGCACAGCGCCUUCUGUUUAGGAAGGCACACUUGCUGUUCUGUAAUAAUGCAUAAUGUAGAUAAAUGUCCUGUCAGACUUUCUUUUUUGAUAUAGAAUUAUAAAGAAUCGUGAUUGAUAUUUAAAAAAUGUCGAUCUAAGUAUUAAAAUGUUUGCAUGUGUCUUAAAGUGAAUACUGUCUACGGCCACACCGCCUGAACACGCCCGAUCUUGUCUGAUCUCAGAAGCUGCGCGGGGUCGGGCCUGGUCAGUACUUGGAUGGGAGAAAUUGAAUCCUUUGAAUGUGUAUCACAGUUUGAAAUAAGCUAUUCAGUGUAAUACUUGUUGAUAUGCACCUAGACUUGGAUUUCACAUGAAGUAUUUUUUCAGUAUUAUGUGUACCCUCUGAAAUAUGUAAGGAUGUACUUACGAUACCAAAAUGUUGUUUCCAAGCGGGCACUUAAAGCUUUCAGAAUCUCUCAGUGCUGGUGUAGCAUGUUUGUUGCAAUUGCUUUUGUUUUCUAUAUAAAUAUUUUCAAUGCAAUAUACUGGAAAUCUUUUCUAUUUUAAUAAAAAUUAUUUUAUAUGA